AUGAGGAUUCGCGAGCUUUCGCGUAGCAUAUCUACUGCUACACGUCCCCUGUACAUUGCCACCAAAACUCGGAGAUUUAAAUGGAUUGCUAGCGGUUCUGCAAUCACAACUUCAAUUCUAGCAUACUACUUGAACGAACGAUGGCACCAAAAAGAGUUGUCGCCCGACCAUUUCAUUCCAUAUAAGAUAAGCUACAAUGACAAGAUAGAUUCUGAACAUUUCAUGCUAGAAUUGACCCCUUCAAGGCCUCAGAAGAUUGACUGGUGGAAAGCGAUGAGCUCAGACAAAUUAUGGUCUAUUGAAGUCAAACAGUCCGAAAUCAUGGUUGUGAGAAACUACACACCUUUGCCACUAGAGCAUGUUGGCAACGGUCAGAUACAGCGGUUUCCAGAAGGCACAUUUCGGGACGGAAAGCUGUUUUUUUAUUUGAAGAAAUACAAGCAUGGUGAAGUGGCACGCUGGUUGAGCAAACUGCCGGAAGGUCACAUUGUAGAGUUAAGAGGUCCUUUUAUCGAUUUUGAGAUGCCUUCGCAUCCGGUUGGAGGUGACAAAGAAACUGCUAAGGGGAACUCAUGCGAUAUUGUGACGUUCACGGCAGGUACUGGAAUAGCUCCAAUUGCGCAAAUGCUGCUCACGACCACACCGCAUCCCGGCAAAAUUCUCAUGUUCCACUCUUGUCUCACAAGACAAGAUUUGGGGCCCUUACAGCCCUUUUUAGAAGAAUCUCAAAACAGCAAUCGUAUCCAAUUGCACUAUUUCGAGUCCAAACACGGCCGUGAUAUACGGAAAAUCCCGUAUGAAGUACUGAAACUUAUACCAACGCCGUGCUCAAUCGAACUGGCGUCAACUGAAGGAAGCACUGCUUCAAUAAAGCCCAAUUUGGCCCUUGUUUGCGGGCCCGACUCCUACAUCAACACAGUUUCCGGUCCAAAACACGGCCUAUUACAGGGUCCAAUACGAGGCAUGCUUGCACAAAGAAAUUGGGACAAUUCUAACGUAUUCAAGUUAUCUUAG